GAAGCAGCUGCUUGUCGAGGUUGGAUCGUUUCUAGGGAUUUUACUGUCAUGGCGUUAUUAAAACAGAGUUGCUGUGUGACGCGUCGCUUUUCCACAAACUACUUAAGGUUAAGUCCCAGAUCGAUCUUACACGUGUACACAAGCUGUCUGAACACUUCACCCAAGUCCUCUGCAGACACAGAGGACAGGAAGAAAGAUAUUCAGAGCCAGGACGGCCCCGGGCUGCAGGACUUUAUAUCUGGGGAACUCUCUGAGAAAAGCAAGUGGGCAGAGUACAGAGGCAACCUGAAGAGACAGAAGGGGGAGAGGCUGAGGCUUCCUCCAUGGCUGAAGACAGAGAUCCCUAUUGGAAAGAACUACAACAGGCUGAAGAACACACUGAGAGAUCUCAACCUGCACACGGUAUGUGAGGAGGCCAGGUGUCCAAACAUUGGAGAAUGUUGGGGUGGAGGAGAAUAUGCCACCGCUACCGCCACCAUCAUGCUAAUGGGAGACACAUGCACCCGAGGGUGCAGGUUCUGCUCAGUGAAGACGGCCCGUCAGCCGCCUCCUCUGGACCCAGAUGAGCCUUACAACACAGCCAAGGCCAUCGCAGCCUGGGGGCUGGACUAUGUGGUUCUGACAUCUGUUGACAGAGAUGAUAUCGCUGAUGGAGGAGCAGAACACUUUGCUAAAACAGUUAUUAGCCUGAAGGGGAGAAACCCUCACAUCCUGGUCGAAUGCCUGACCCCUGAUUUCCGUGGCGACCUGUCAGCGGUGGAGAAGAUUGCCCUGUCAGGGCUAGACGUUUACGCUCACAAUGUGGAGACGGUGCGAGAGCUGCAACGGUAUGUUCGGGACCCCAGAGCGAACUUCGACCAAUCCCUGACUGUCCUGAAACACGCCAAGCAGGUCAAACCCGGCGUCCUCACUAAGACCUCUAUCAUGCUGGGACUGGGCGAGAGCGACCAGCAGAUAGUCAACACUCUGACCGAGCUGAGAGAGGCAGGAGUGGACUGUCUAACCCUCGGUCAGUACAUGCAGCCCACAAAGCGCCACCUAAAGGUGGAGGAAUACAUCCCCCCUGAAAAGUUUGCUUACUGGGAGAAAGUCGGGAACGAGAUGGGGUUUGUGUACACAGCCAGCGGACCACUGGUUCGAUCCUCCUACAAAGCAGGUGAAUUCUUCUUGAAGAAUCUGCUGAAGAACAGAAAAGCAGAAAUCACAACAGAACAAGAAGCUUCUUGAAGUAGCUCAUGCUUUUUUUUUUUUUUCCUCUCCUAAUGGCACUAACAGUCUGUAACAGAUCAGAAUGAUCCAUUGUUUUCAGCA